AUGUCAUCUGAUGAUAGUGACGAAGAUGAAAAUAAAAAACUUGAAACUAUACCAGAUUUUGUUGAUGAAGAACGUGAAAAAUUAAAUGAAGCAAAUAUUAAAACAUAUGCUGAUUGUCGUCGUGAUCAUGAUUCAAAACGAUUUCUUGAAGGGAAUUUACAAUUAGUUUGUGAACAUACAUUUACAUAUUUAUUUAAUAUGUAUAUCGAAUUAGAUAUGGAAGAUAAAACUAUGCGUAGUGAUCGUUGUACUCAUCAAGUAUUGAUUAUCAAACACAUUCUUCAAAUAAUUCAAGAUCUUGGCGUUGCUUCAAAGCAAGCUGUCAAAUCAUUUUUCGAAAGAAUGAAAGAUGAAGAUGGAAAAUAUAAACAACAGUUUUUAAAUGAAUUUGGUGAUUUUCAAUUAACUAUUUAUGUACGUGCAUUAAAAAAUAAUGAUGAUCUAAUGAAACAAGGUGAAAAGGAAAAACGUUUAGGUUUAGGUAGUUUGAAUCACAUGGAAGUAUUUAAAUCAUCACCAAAAGAAAUACAAGAUUGUUUUGAAUCACAUGAUAUUGCACAAUUAAAACAAGUUUUAUCUAGAAUGAUUGAAGAAAAACGUAAUUAUUAUCUUAAUCAGUGUAUUACGGCAGCAUCAUGGCCAUCUUCAUGGGAAACUAUGACUGGUGGUGCACUUGUUGGCAAUGGAGAAUUUUCACUUCGUAGUCGAUCGAAAACACUUACAUUAAUCAAGAUAAAACCUUACAAUAUAUCAACCUAUGAAGAUCUUUACUUUGCAAAAUACAUGCCACUUGUUGGUGGUAGAGUAGCUCCGCUUGAAAUAGCACAAAAAUUCUCAUUCGAAGGUCACCAUUAUGUAAAUUCUAUGGCUAUUCACAAACCAUUUGGUGCUAACUAUGAUCGAAUAUGUCAAUUUUGCCCUGAAGCAAAUCUUAUUUCACCAUUUUGCCGUUCUCAACCAUCUCCGUACCCGUUUACAACAUGA